UUUCUGAAUCGUUUAUUGCAGCGUCUCGACAUCAGGGGCCGAGUUAAAGUACUUCAUGGCCAGAACCGGAAGACGGAAGAGCCGCCGUUGGCCCUGUUCGCCCUGUGCACACCGUUCGGGCCUCCUUCGCUCUUAGAAGUGCCGCAGAAGGAAGUGAUGUUCAAAAGCAAGCACAAAUUGGAUCUCGCACUCGUGACGAUGGAUCAGAGAGGAAAGAUGCUGUUAGGUUAUUCUGAUGCGGAACUAACGAAUCUCGGUGGCUACGAUCUAGUCCAUUACGACGACUUGGCCUACGUCGCUAGUGCGCAUCAGGAAUUAUUAAAAACUGGUGCAUCGGGUAUGAUAGCCUACAGAUUUCAAACGAAGGAUGGCGGAUGGCAAUGGCUACAGACUAGCUCUAGAUUGGUCUACAAAAACUCGAAACCAGAUUUUGUACUCAGUACUCAUCGACCUCUCAUGGAAGAAGAAGGUCGAGACUUGCUCGGCAAACGUACGAUGGACUUCAAAGUGAGCUAUCUGGAUGCCGGAUUGACCAAUAGCUAUUUCUCGGAUAGUGACAGUUUGACAGGAUCAGUCAUGACGCCGACGCUACCGGCGCAGCCGGCACCACAGAGAGGGAACAGACGAUACAAGACGCAUCUGCGAGACUUUCUUUCGACAUGCCGAAGCAAACGUAGCAAACUCUCUGCUCAGUCGUCGGUCUCGCCACCGGUAACUCCCACAGUCGCGUCCGUGGAUUAUCUUGCGCCGGACACCAGCGCAGCAGCCGCAGUUGCGGCGGCCUACAAUUUAAACACUAUGUACCCGACGCCGUACGCGCCCACAGCAGUGGCGGCUAGUACCGAUCCUUCCUUGACGACUUACAUCGGCCACACGGGCAACUAUCAUCAAACUCUCUAUCCAGCGACUGCAUUAGAUAACAGGUAUCUCACGGCUGCAACAGAGAAUCUAUUCCAAUAUAGGCCGUUGAGCUCAUAUUAUCCAGAGUAUCACACCGGCACUACGUACAAUGGUUUCAUUGACGUAUCGUUGCCCACAUACGAGACUCAUCAGCUAACUAGCAAGACAGAAGAGAAGCUCUACUGCCAGCAACUGGGCAGUAACGAAUCGCCCAAAUAUAGCUACGUGGAAACGAGACACCCCGGUAGCGUCAGCGGUUCGCCGUACGCUGCCAGUCCGGUGGCGAGCGCAUCUACGAUGCAUCCAGCGACGACUGACAUGAAUGUUGUGCGCGCCGGAAGCAGGCAUUCAUUGGAAGGUGGCGCAUCAUCCAGCAAUUCCGCCGGUAGCUCACCGGUGACUGGCGCGGCCAACGGUAUGCUGACACCGAAGAUAGAGGACGUGAAGCCCGAGGUGUACGGCAACGAGGCGCCACGGCAGACUGUGCUGAUGUGGGGUGCGCCGCCAUCGCGCACACCACCCAGAAACAACGGCAGCUACAGUCCGCCGACGCCACACUCGACUCAUUCUUCCACGCACUCGACCAACGCCACUGGCGAUCCGCUCAAAUCGUUGGCGGAGAUGAAUUCCAUGAAUGGAGAUUGCAAAUGGCGGCAAACCUCACCUACGGAUCAACAAGUGACCGCGUCGAGCCCGCCAAGAAAUAAUAAAACGCAACAAUCUCAGCAGCAACAACAACAGCAGCAACAUCAUCAUCAGCCGCAACAACAUCAACAGUACCCGGUGACCACGUCUCAGUAUCAAGCGGCUGCAGUUGCCGCCGCGGCAGCCGCCAGCACCAUUGGUUACACGCAUUCUCAUCCAGGUCAUGGCGGGCACGGAGAAGCGGGCUCCGAGGUAUGGCAAGGAGUGCAACACCAUCACUACCAGUACUAUCCCUACCACCAUCACCACCCCGCACCACCAAGGCACACGCCCCAGUUGCAGCACGCCACCGUCAGUUGCGGGAACGGGGACGGGGGUGGGAACAGGCAUGGGCAUGGGCACCGCGGCGGACAACAACUCCAACAACAGCAACAACGUCUUAUACCACCCUCCGCACCACCACCACGUGGGAUCAUCAGCGGCGGCAGCGGGAAUGGGCCCGCCUGUUCCACAGAUUCCAAACCGGACGCCGGGAGUCCUCUGUUGUCCAUCUCUGAGGUGACUAACACCCUGCUCAACCAAUAGUCCCUUUGUAACCUCGGCGUCGCUUUAUAUCAGUGAUGAAGGUAUCUCUGAAAAGAUAUCUUCACCGAAGCGGAUUCCAAAACGCGUCACUGUAUCAUACAGGUAAUGUCGAUUACGAGAAUUAAGAGUAUUCUUACUAAGAAUAUUCUAUUAGUACUGUAACAUACUCACUACAAAAGUAAUAACCAGUCUACUAUUACAUAACUUUCAUUGCAUUGAUUUAUCCGAUACCGAUACGUUAAGUGGAUAUUCUUCAGGAUUCAUAGUUUGAGUCUGCAUGUACACUGAUCUUGAUCUUGUGUACGUAAGAGGCAGCGAUCACACAAGGCAAGUGUCUUACAAUUUCAUUUAUUCGCAAUUAUAGAAUGUAGCGGUUGCUCGACGAGUAGCAAUAGCACUUCAUUGCAGAAUGGAUAAAGAUAGAGAAACCGAUAAAUUUCACAAAGCAACUUUUGUAUUUUUUUCGAAGAUUAGCUAUCGAAAAUAAAUAUCCAGUUUAUCUUAAUUCGUAGCUUUUCCUCUUAAUAUAUGAGAAUAUAUAUAU